AUGGGAGACGCAGUGUUGCGUGACCGUCUUCCGGCGCUAUGGCGACGAAUAGAAGAUACACAUUACAGUUAUUUGGAAACAGACGACAGUCCAGAAAAGCUCUUGCAGAAGAAAAAAUUAGAAGGCUACAUCAUAGAGUACCUGUCGCUGGUGCCGCACGAGUGCAAAUUCGGCCUCACGGAGUCCGCGAAGGUCUUUCAGCGGACCAUAAACGAGCUGCCCGAGUUUAGCGCGUACCGCGCCGGCAUCGGCUGGGCGGCGCUGGCUCGGUACGCGGGGAACCUGCUGGCGCAGCCAUGGCGCAAGGAGUACAAGGCCAUCAGGCUGUACUCGGGCUUCUACAAGCACGAGGUGGAAGCGAACAUGGUUGGGGCGGAGACCCUGCUGCAGGCGAUGGGCUACCGGCCGGACGAGCGGUACGCUGGGCGGUUGCUGCUCGAGGGCCCCGCCUGCCCCGACAUGGUGGCGGCGGUAUCGCGCGACGCCCUGAUAGCCCACUGCGAGUGCCAGAUAAUGUCACAAGUGUGGGAGGAGGUGGUCGGCAAGGGUGUACGCGUCAGCUGGGCAGACGUGGCCCGGCAGAGGGCCGCUCAGGCUGGCUCAGCGCGGGCCGCGGCCUCGGCAUUGGCUGGAUACACUGACGAAUCGGACAUCUACUCGAAUAUACCGGUGUCGGUGACCGCCGAGAGCCACCGUGGCAGACUGGCCGACCUGCGGUACAACUCAAUCGCUGGGCCUCCGUGCAAUCAUUUGUGCGCCGACGCGUCGCCGUUAGAGGAACCUAUUACGCCCAUUAUGCACCCCUCGUACAUGAUGCCCCCUCACAUGAUGUACCCCAUCCCCCAUCAGCACAUCAACGACACCGCGUCGGUGCCGCCCUGCAACCCCGUGUCGAUGAUGACCCAGUACGGUGCUAUACCGUAUUACUACCCGGUUCAGCCCCCGUACAUGAUCCCGACGCCUGUGUACGCGCCAAUCAAACACGCGAACAACAUACCCGUCAACGGUUACCCGCCAAUGCAGCAAUACAGGUACCCUCUAGUCCCAACCGUGCCCACGGCGCAGCUAAUCGAACUGGACGCCCCGUCGGCUUACGAGAAUGGCAAGUUUGAGAGGCACAGGGACGAAGAGAGAGGCAAUAAGAAGAGCAGUAGGCAGCGGGAGGACGGUAAGAGGGCGUCAUCCAGGUCCGGCUUUAGUGAUGUGACCUUGCCCAGCCUACCAAGGUCAGACACGCAGCCGGCAUUGAGCAAGGCCAGGGAGGAUGGAAUGGGCACGUACGAGAGCUGGGACUACGUGUUCAGGAAUCUGUCGAGCAAGGAGCAGGGCGCUGACAGCAGGAGCGGCUUCUCUCAGUCCCUGGACAGGGAUUCCAGGACGCUGGACAGGCUGGACCGUGAAGAGCGGAGGUCAAAGUACCAGCCGACGACCUUAGACCUGGAGGACGGACUGCAGGCGCUGAACCUCGACCGCACCUACGACGAGGAGAUGUUCAGAACGGCCAAAGUGAACGAGAAUCUCAUGAGGCUAAAGCAGGAGCAGGAGUCAAAGAGGGCUAGGCAGGCGAAGAGGCAGCAGAGCGACGAGAAACGAACGAGGAAGCACACGACUGAACCCGUCGGCAACCCGGUGGCGGACGGCCUGGUCCCCGCCAAAGUGGCGCCGGACAAGGUCAAACUGCUGACUAAGAAGGAUAUAAAGGACAGGAAGGAGGCGAUAAAGCAGCAGGGCUCCGUCAACGGCGCCGCUCCGGGCGCGGCCGAGGUGAAAAAGGCGAAGAGACAGACGAAACCGCUCGAGACGGACAAGCCGCCAAGGACCAAACCGUUGGACAAUGGCGUGCAUAAAGCGGCACAGGCUCUCAAAACUGGCACAACGCCCUCCGCACAACCGGCGUGCUACGACCUCAAGCAGUUGGUGGUUACCUUGGACGAGCCGGACCACAUGCGCCGUUCGCCGCCGAGACAGCAUCUGAACGGAGAUCGCGAGCGGUCCGUCAGUCGCUCCUCCCACCACGGCGAGAGAGAGAGGGAGAGAGAGAGAGAGAAGGAGCGAGCGGGUGCUGCGGGGGCGGACAAGUGGCAGUGCGCCACGUGCACGUAUCUGAACGGGGGCUCGCUGCAGGCGUGCGAGAUGUGCGGCAAGUCGAAGAGGGGCCCCGAGAUCCAGCCGCUGACUUCUGGUGGCCGCGAGUGCCCCGCCUGCACCCUGGUCAACACUAGGGACGCGACCGUCUGCGACGCAUGCGCCACCAGCCUCGAGCACUGCCCCACCUACAUC